GCAGCCUGACAUGAUCUGGUCAAAGUGCGUCCUGUGUGUUGUGCUUUUUCUCCACUGGUGAAUCCGCAUCCAUUCAAAUUAAUUCUGAACUCUGUUAAGGUUGCAUGAAUGACUAAAGAAAAAACUCAGUGGAAGGAGUUUCUAGAGGUAAUAAGUACUCUGCAAUGGGUGCUGUCCUUUCUCUUCUUAGGAGUGGCCUGCAUUAUCUUGAUGGUGUACCUGAUGUUUACCUCACUGUGGCCGCUGCCCACUCUGUACUUCAUAUGGCUGGUGAUGGACUGGCAAACCCCUGAAAGAGGGGGCAGGAGAACAACAUUUGUGAGGAAGUGGAGGGUGUGGGAGCACAUGAGAGAUUAUUUUCCAGUCAAACUGGUGAAGACAGCCGAGCUAAAUCCAAACAGAAACUACAUCUUAGGUUGCCACCCGCAUGGUAUCAUGUGUGUCGGAGCCUUUACCUGCUUCAGCACAGAGAGCUGUGGCUUCACUGAGGUGUUUCCUGGAGUGCGAGCCACUCUGGCAAUGCUUGCGGGACUUUUCAGGAUACCACUCUUUAGGGAGUACGCGAUGAGUGCAGGUCUUUCUCCAGUCAGCAAACCAAGCCUUGUCCACCUCCUCUCAAAAAGCGGCAAGGGAAAUGCAGUGGUGAUUAUGAUAGGUGGUGCUGCUGAGUCUCUGGCAUCCUCUCCUGGAAGCCACACGGUGGUCGUGAGACACAGAAAGGGAUUUGUCAGGAUGGCCCUGGAGUUUGGGGCUGAUCUGGUACCUGUUUACUCAUUUGGGGAGAACGAGCUCUUCCGGCAGGUGAUUCUCUCAGAAGGCAGUCUUGGUCGGAGGUUACAGGACCUGUUUAAAAAGAUUAUGGGUUUCGCCCCGUGUCUAUUUGUUGGUGAACACAUGGCAUUCCUGCCCUACAAGAGUCCGAUCACUACUGUUGUGGGAAGUCCACUGUCAGUGCCAAGGCGUGUCACACCUACUGAGGAGGAGGUCGACCACUAUCAUGGACUGUACAUGGAGGCUCUGUCCAAGUUAUUCCAUGAGCACAAGGUCAGCUGUGGACUCUCUGAAAGUCACAAGCUUGAGAUCAUUUAGACAUUUCACUUCCACAUGAACUGUGAAGCAGUUUUUAUUUGCUCUUUUUGAUGGUGCUCACCCUAAAUAAGGGUGCAGCUCUGAUGUGAUGAACCUGACCUCAAACAAUAGAUUGAUCCUGCAGGUUUCUUUCUUUUUUAACAUUAACGCGUGCCUUACAUAAUGACUAAGAUGUGAUGACCAGUAUGUGGGAAAGUGUGUUCACGUUUGUCAUAUUUGAACGAUUACUGCAUUUCUAGUGUGAAUACACAGUAACAGCAAAUGUCUGAUGGGAGGAAAACAUGCAUGAAAUAAGUUAUUGCAUAUGUGAAAAUGUGUUUGCAUGCUUGCUAAAAGAAAUCUCACCAGUGCAUUUUCAUGAAUUGUGUAAAUGAGAUCCAACAAUGACACUGUGCUGCAGCUCUUACCUGUGAUUUACAGUACAACCAGGACCAACUUCAGAAUGACAGCGCUUACGUUUCAUUUGUAACUGGAAUAUUUGUACAUGGUGGUGUUGCUAUUUCUGCUAAGAACAAUGUUGAAUAUUUCUUGCACCACUGCAAAGGUUCUUCAGUUUUCUAUUUGGCAGCUGUUGCAAAUGAAAAGGCCAGCAGCAUGUACAUGUAAUUCAACGGUUUACCCAGAAGAGGGCAGCCAUUCAUUACAUCUGCUUCACUUCCUUUUUCUACAAGGGCUGGGAGUCUCAGAGCAUGUGCCACAGAAAAAAACAAAACUACAUCUUAUUGAAAAUGAAAAUAAACUCCAAAAAUUAACAGCC